AUGGCCGCAUCAGGCAUCGACGUGACCUCGUCGCCCUCACAAUCAUCCAAUGGAGUCUCCAAGUCUAGGAAACGUUCGCGCUCUGGCUCGCGCAUUCCCGCGCGUCCCCGAUCGCCGAAUAACCCUCCGCACGAUGAAGUCCUUCUUGAACGCUAUGUUCAACGCGACUCGUUAUAUGCUGCUGCUUUGAACGACCAGGCCGACAAGUCGCGCAAGCUUCUGAGGCUCAAGGAGCAGGAGAAGGAAUGGUAUCUUCACGAGGGAAGACAGCAGCGACAACAACACCCUGGAGCCGUGUUUGGAUAUGGAUAUGCUGGUUAUGGCAAUGGCCGAACCGACGACAGGACCCGCCUGGAGUAUCCGGCCACGCGCCGCAGAGCGGGUAACAGAAGAACGCGCGAACUGCGCAUUCCCAGGAAAGAUGCCGGACAGCAAGCCGAAUACCUGGAGGAGCUCGUGCCCGUGCGAUUGGAUCUUGAGCUUGACAAGCUGAAACUGCGCGACACUUUCACCUGGAACCUCAAUGAUCGCCUGGUAUCUCCAGAGCUCUUCGCCCAAAACCUCAUAGAGGACCUCAAGAUGCCUGCCGACCAAAGCCAAGUGCUCAUCCGUGAAGUCCACAAGGAGUUGCUCGACCAGCUAAACAAUUACUAUCCCCACGUUUAUCCUGCUGGCCAACCUGCAGAGCCCGAAACUCUGUACAAUGCGCACAAGAACGAUGACAUGCGCAUCACUGUCAAGCUCAAUAUUACUAUUGGACACAUCACACUCGUAGACCAAUUCGAAUGGGACAUCAACAACUCUCUCAACUCACCUGAGGAAUUCGCCAGACAAAUGUCUUUGGAUUUGUCGCUCUCUGGUGAAUUCACCACAGCAAUCGCACACUCAAUUCGCGAACAAUGCCAGCUCUACACCAAGAGCUUGUUUGUUACGAAUUACGAGUUUGAUGGACGACCGAUAGAAGACCCUGACAUCCGUGAGAACAUGCUUGCUUCACCUGUGCCCCAUGUCUUCAGGCAGCAACAGAGUCAGAAAGAUUGGACCCCCUACAUGUACGAACUCACUGAGACCGAGCUGGAGAAGACCGAAUUGUCCAUGUUGCGUGAACAAAGAGCUCAGAAACGUCAGCUCAACAGACGGGGUGGCCCCGCUCUGCCUGAUCUCAAGGAGCGUCAAAGGACUGUACGAUCUUUGGUUGUGUCGACUGUCAUUCCGGGCGCUGCGGAAACUAUGGAAGCCAGCGGUAUCUAUAAGAUUCGCCGUACCGCAACUGGAAGAGGCCGUAGACCUGGUGCCCGUAUGAAUGACGGAAGCGAUUCCGAUGAGUUGGAAGAAGAGGAUUCUGGAGCCGAAUCUCCCGCACCCUCUCAGCUACCAACAACAAGCGGCACAACGAGAACUCGGGGUAUGAGAGGCGCUGCCAGUGCUGCACAAAUUGCCAUGCGUCAGACUUACGGCAGAUCGGCUACCCCUGACAUUGCUAUGCUCUCACAGCCAGAAUCGACCAGAGCGUCCAGGCGUGUUCAGGACACAACAGCCCGCGAGGACACAGCAGAACCAACAUCACUGAUCGUCAAGCUUCGUAUCAGCCCUCCCAAAUACAAGCAAUGGAUGAACAGAAGGAAGUUCGGCCGCAGUGCGGCACCUCCUCUAUCAGGCUUCCCCACGUCUUUCACCAUGCCGCCUGCUAGGCCCCGCAACAGUAAGUCGCCCCUCUUGAAAAUACAUCCGUCCUCAGCGGCAUCUACCAACAAAGUAUCUAAUACGCUGUCUCCCUCUCAGCCCGACAUUCCACCCUGGCUAGAAGAAGCACUCGCUGAAAUGCAUCGCCUCUACCCAACAUCUCGCUUCUCAGGCCUCAUGCGCUUCUCUGCCAUUGAUGCCCUCACCGACAAAUCCGUUACCAUCGACCACACCUCAUUGCCUGCCGGCUCACCACCCCCAGCCAACUUCACCAAUCCUGCCACCGGAGAGAAACAAGAAGUCAAGUGGAUGUGGCAACCACGUAUCCGCUGUGAUGAUUGUCCUGGCAGACUGUAUAACGCAGCCCGAGAAGACACGGUUGGCAAAUUCGAAUUGCAUAUCAAAAACAGGAAGCAUAAGGCUAUGGUUGAUGCUAGAUUGGCUGCUGCUGGUGGUGCUAGUGGUACUGCCAAUGAGGGUAAUUAG